GGCUCGGAGACGCGUAGUUAUAGCAGCAGAUCAGGGGUGUCAAACUGGUGGCCCUCCAGCUGUUGCGAAACUACAAGUCCCAUCAUGCCUCUGCCUUUGGUAGUCACGCUUGUAACUGUCAAUCUUGCAAUGCCUCAUGGGUCUUGUAGUUUGGCAACAGCUGGAGGGCCGCCAGUUUGACACCCCUGGUGCCAAACUACAAGUCCCCUCAUGCUUCUGGGAGUCAUGCUUGUAACUGUCAGUCUUGCCAUGCCUCAUGGGACUUGUAGUUUGGCCACAGCUGGAGGGCCACCAGUUUGACACCCGUGUUGUAGAGAGACUCCCACCG